AUGUCCGAGACGCCGCCGAGACCCAUUCCUGCUCCUCGAGCCCUCGUCGAGCGAAACUGUGAGCCUAGAAUCUCGAAUGCGACCGCCGUGACUUCAGAUCAUCGAUCUUCCGCUGUGGCUAGCCCAAAAACCGCAACAAUGCUCAUAAAACCUCCACCAGCGCCAGUGCAACGUCAGGAACGUGAAAUGGUCGUCGUCAGAGUGUCACCAACGGCUGCACGUAAACUCAUAGUAACAAAGCAUUCAUCAGCGGAUGCCAGCAACAGGCUCGGCACUUCACUCUCGCGUCUCAGUCAGUCGGUUUAUGGGGAGCUGAACGAUGAACAGGUUCGAUUUACCACAUAG